AAGGCCUGGCCAAUGAGAAGCUCGGAUCUGCCCUUUGUACUACCCAGAGUCAGAGCUCUUCUUGUACAAGCAAGUAGAUUUCAUUUCUAGUUAGAUUCUCUUCCAGGCCACAAGACUUCCUGAGCUGAAACUCUUGCUUCAUUAGCCGAUCCUGUGGGACACUGCCUGGAGAUGCAGCCGCAGGGGCCGCCCGUGGUCGUGGUGACCCAGCAACCUGUGCGAGCUCUGCAGAAUUCCAACUGGCAAACCGGCAUGUGCGACUGCUUUAGCGACUGCGGAGUGUGUCUGUGUGGCACAUUCUGUUUCCCAUGCCUGGGCUGCCAAGUCGCAUCUGACAUGAAUGAGUGCUGCCUUUGUGGAACCUCUGUGGCCAUGAGGACCCUCUUCCGGACCCGAUACGGCAUCCCUGGGUCUAUUUGUGAUGACUACAUGGUGACCCUCUGCUGUCCUUACUGCUCUGUUUGCCAAAUCAAGAGAGACAUCAACCGAAGGAGAGCCAUGAACGCCUUCUGAAGAACUGGUGGUUAAGAGCUCCUACUGAAGCAGCUGAACUCUGCAAACAUCUUCAGCAUGGACAAUGUGCCUUUUACAUCUGAAAUAGCAUGAAUUCACUGAACAUACUCAUGUCAUAAAAACCAAGUUUUGAAUUAUUUUGAAUGAGAUUGUCUCUGAGUUUUGCCAAAUGGUCCAGCCUAGUUUGUUCUAGGUUUCAUAUUACCACAUUUUCUGGGUUAAAAAAAAAUUUUAACGACAUUUAACUAUAAACCACUGCUUCUUGGUCUAAGAUCCAGUGCAAAGCUAUAAGCCAAAUUGCAUUUUACUAACAAGAUUCCUGAUGCCUCCCUCUUCUUCCCAGAAUAUCCUUGUCAUCAUUUCUCCUACUUCAGUACCUUAGCAGGAGACUCUAGCCCACACCAACUCAAUUAUUUCAUUUAAGAACUUUCAGAGUUGUGGCAUAGCCAGUUAAGCCACCACUUGCAAUGGUGCCAACAUCUCAUUUUGGAACACCAGUUCACAUCCUGGCUGCUCCACUUCUGAUCCAGCUGCCUGCCGAUGUGUCUGGGAAAGCAGUGGAAGAUGGCUCAAGUACUUGGGCCCCUGCUGUCCAUGUGAGAGACCAGGAUGAGUUCCUAGCUCCUAGCUUUGGCCUGGCCCAGCUCGAGCUGUUGUGGGCAUUUGGAGCGUGAAUUCAUGGAUGGAAGAUCUCUCUCCUUCCUGCUCAUACCUUUAUAUCACACUGCUUUUCAAAGGAUUUUCUUUUAAAAAAAGAAA